GCUCCAGGGACGAUUCUACUUUUCUGUUGCAGGUCAGACAUCACCUACAAUCGCUCUUGUGCCCGCGUCCUUCUCCUCGAGCCUGGCCUUGUUUGCCCGCAGAGUGCUCAAGCGCAAGAGCUGUUCUGGUACACGAUGAAGCUCACAUUAGCGACAGCAUGCCUGGCAGCCUGCAUUUCGACGACCUAUGCUUGGGGCGGUGGUUCAUAUUACGACGACGGUAGCGGGAGCAGCAGUGACAGCAGCAGCGACAACAGCGGGAGCAGUUACAGUAGCAACGGCUUCCAAGGAUUCGGGAAUUCGGGCUUCUUCUCGGACUCUUACAGCACCAAGGUCAUAGCACAUGCAGUGCUCGCAACAGUCGCCUUUGGUUUCCUGUUCCCCGCGGGUGGCAUUCUAAUCCGUCUGGCGAGCUUUCGGGGGCUGUGGGUCAUUCACGCGGUUUGGCAAUUGCUGGCGUAUGUCCUGUACAUUGCAGCUUUUGGAUUGGGAGUCUGGCUUGUACGAACCGGCCCACGAAACAUGCUCCAUGACCCACAUCCCAUCAUCGGUAUCGUCCUACUUGGCUUACUAUUCUUCCAACCAUUCUUCGGCCUGCUGCACCACUUCCUUUUCAGGAAGCAUCUUCGAAGGACACUCUGGAGCUAUCUUCACUUGUGGCUCGGAAGAAUUGUUGUGACGCUUGGAAUCAUCAAUGGCGGUCUGGGCUUGCGUCUUGCCAGGAGAAUGCCUUUCAAUAGACCGAGCAAUGGCGCCAUCAUUGGGUAUGGAGUGGCAGCAGGCGUCAUGUGGUUGCUAUAUGUGCUUUCUGCGAUUAUCGGUGAAAGAAGGAGGAGCAGGGUUAGAGAACAGGCCGCUGCACAAGCGCCAAUGAGCCAGAAGGCGUAUGCUCCAAGCAAGAGCAGCAGUACCGGACGUGGAGGCCGCUAUGCUUGAGCGAGCAUGAACUAUGCAAGUAGAUGAAUGUAAUGGAAGACGAAGAGGUCAACGACACCAAGCAU